ACUGAAUUUUUGUCUAGAUCCUUAAUUCAACAAUCAAACGAUGGUGCUCGUGGAAAAUUGUUUUUCAUGCAUGACCUUAUCAACGACUUAGCCACAACGGUAUCUGGAAAAAUUUGUUGUCGGUCUGAAUGUGGUGAUAUCUCUGAAAAUGUUUGUCAUUUAUCAUAUAUUCAAGACAAGUAUGAUAUUUUCUCGAAGUUUAGGCCUUUCUACAAUUUUAAAUGCUUGCGAAGCUUCCUACCCAUUACUUCAUGGAGGUCAGAUAAUUACUUAUCCAUCAAGGCGGUUGAUGAUCUGCUACCAUUAUUCAAAAGGUUGCGUGUGUUGUCUCUAUCAAAGUAUGUAAACAUCACCAAGCUACCGGAUUCAAUCAGCAAUUUGGUGCAAUUGCGUUAUCUAGAUUUAUCCUUCACUAAAAUCAAAAGUUUGCCUGAUACAGGAUGUAACCUUUACAAUUUGCUGACCUUGAUUUUAUUAGAUUGUGUGUGUCUCACUGAAUUGCCACUCCACAUGGAAACCUUAAUCAGUUUACGUCACCUUGAUAUAAGUGGGACUGACAUAAAAGAGUUGCCUAUGGAAAUUGACAGACUAGAAAACCUCCAAACUUCGUCAUUGUGAAAGACUUGAGUCAUUACCAGAAAGCAGCCUCCCUACCUCUCUUAAGCAACUGACUAUCAGAGAUUGCCCAUUGUUAGAAGAAAGGUAUAAAAGGAAGGAAAAUUGGUCCAAAAUUGCUUACAUUCCUUUCAUCAAAAUAAAUGACCAAGUCACAAUAUGAUGACAAGCUGCCUUCCUGUUGUUUCAGGAGAGGCCUGAUAAGUGGAUGAAAAACAGACAGUUUGAUGAAUUGAAGAUAAAAGGGGUGCCGUGCAUGCUAUUGUUGUGGUUCUUCUUGUAAACUUGUAUCAAAUUCAUUGCAAUUUCGUAUUAUCAAUACAAGUCUUGAUGAUUAUAUUAUUAUUUAAUUUACUUAUUCAUCAAGCAACAUAAGAAUGUAAAAAAGAACAGUUUAAUUUAGUUAGUCAAACAAAAAAAGUUUAAUACAGACUUGGGUUUUUUGUUUUAGGACUCAAACAAAGACUUAGUAUAGAAGUAUUAAAAUGACAAUUGACUUUUGACUUUGGAAGUUAUUGAAUAUUUCAAUUUGCACUGCCAACCAUCCAAAAACAGAAGUAUUGUCCAUUCAUUCAUAUUGCAGUUACUAUUAUCCUUCAAUCUUCAUAGCAAUAUGGCUGCAACUGUGGUAGGAGGCGCAUUUCUCUCGGCUACGAUUCAAAUCAUAGCAGAAAGGCUUACCUCAUCGGAGUUUCGUGUUUUCAUCAGAAACGCAAAGUUCAAUUACUCGCUACUGGAAGAGUUGAAAACAACACUAUCAGCUCUUCAAGCUGUGCUGGUUGAUGCAGAACAGAAGCAGUUCAAGGAUCUUCAUGUUAAACAAUGGCUUGAAGACUUGAAAGAUGCAAUAUUUGAUGCUGAAGAUUUGCUCAACUUAAUCAGCUACGAUGCCAUACGAUGCAAGGUGGAGAACACACCCGUUGAUCAGCCGAAGUACUUGCCUUCCAAAUCUAUAAAUAUCAAUUCCAAGAUGGAGAAGAUGUGUAAAAGGUUGCAAACUUUUGUCCAGCUGAAAAACAUCCUUGGCUUGCAGAGAAGUGUAAGUGGUAGAGAUUCUUACAGAACUCCUUCAUGUUCAGUGGUAAAUGAAUCCGUCGUGGUGGGUAGGAAUGAUGAUAAAAAUACACUCAUCAAUAUGCUGGUAUCAGACUGUGGCACCAGCAGAAAUAAUAACUUAGGUGUUGUUGCAGUUUUGGGUAUGGGAGGUGUCGGCAAAACUACUCUUGCGCAACUUGUUUACAAUGACGAAAAAGUUCAACAGCAUUUUGAUUUCAAAGCAUGGGUUUGUGUAUCCGAGAACUUCGAUGCUGUGAGAGUAACCAAGACCCUCCUUGAAUCUGUUGUUAGAAAUACAACAUCUGCUGCUUCAAAGGUCUGGGAAAGUGAUAAUCUUGAUAUCCUUCGAGUUGAAUUAAAGAAAAACUUGAGGGAGAAAAGAUUUUUGUUUGUGUUCGACGAUCUAUGGAAUGAAAAUUACAAUGAUUGGGAUGAGCUGGUAAGUCCCCUCAUUGAUGGAAAACCUGGAAGUUCGGUGAUUAUAACUACACGCCAACAAAAAGUUGCAGCGAUGGCACACACAUUUCCAAUUCAUAAAUUAGACCCUCUGUCACAAGAAGAAUGUUGGUCUUUACUAUCAAAGCAUGCAUUGGGAAGUGAUGAAUUUCACGAUAGUAAAAACACAGCCCUUGAAGAACUUGGCAGGAAGAUUGCACGAAAGUGUGGCGGAUUGCCAAUAGCUGCUAAAACACUAGGAGGUCUUCUACGUUCGAGGGUAGACAAAAGGGAGUGGACUGCAAUUUUGAACAGCAAUGUAUGGAAUUUACCAAAUGAUAAUAUUAUGCCUGCUUUGCAUUUGAGUUAUCAUUAUCUUCCGUCUCAUUUGAAAAGAUGUUUUGCAUAUUGUUCAAUUUUUCCAAAGGACUAUCCACUUGAUAGGAAGAAAUUGGUUUUGUUGUGGAUGGCAGAAGGCUUCCUUGAUUGUUCUCAAGGGGGGAAAUCGGCGGAGGAAUUAGGUGAUGAUUGCUUUGAUGAAUUGUUAUCCAGAUCGCUAAUUCAACAAUCAAAUGAUGAUGCUCGUGGAAAAAUGUUUUUCAUGCAUGAACUUCUCAACGAUUUAGCUACAGUCGUAUCUGGAAAAAGUUGUUCAAGGUUUGAAAGUGGUGACAUCUCUGAAAAGGUUCGUUAUUUGUCAUAUAAUCAAGAAGGGUAUGAUACUCUCACAAAGUUCCCUAUCCAUUUCAAAUGCUUGAGAAGCUUCUUACCCAUCUACUAUUGGAGGUUACACAUUUACUUAUCCAUGAAGGUGGUUGAUGAUUUGCUACCAACACUCAAGUGGUUGCGUGUGUUAUCUCUAUCAGAGUAUACAAACAUCACCAAACUACCCGAUUCUGUUGGCAAUUUGAAGCAAUUGCGGUAUCUAGACCUCUCCUACACUAAGAUACAAAGCUUGCCAGAUACAGUAUGUAAACUUUACAAUUUACAAAGCUUGAUUUUAUUAGGUUGCAUGUGUCUCACUGAAUUGCCAAUUCAUGUGGGAAAUUUAAUCAGUUUACGUCAUCUCGAUAUAAGUGGUACCGAUAUAAAGGAAUUGCCAAUAGAAAUUUGUGGACUAGAAAACCUUCAAACUUUAACUGUUUUUAUAGUGGGGAAGCGACGUAUAGGGUUAUCUAUCAAAGAGCUUAAGAACUUCCCUCAUCUACAAGGAAAACUUACAAUUAAGAACCUGCAUAAUGUCAUCGAUGCCAAGGAGGCACAUGAUGCCAACUUGAAAAACAAAGAGAAAAUUGAAGACUUAGAACUUCUCUGGGGAAAACAUAGUGAAGACUCGCUAAAAGUGAAAAUGAUGCUUGAUAUGUUGCAACCAUCAACGAACCUGAAGAGCCUUAAAAUUGAUUUGUAUGGUGGGACAAGCUUUCCAAGUUGGUUGGGAGAUUCUUCUUUUUCUAACAUGGUGUCCCUUUGCAUAAGUAACUGUGAAUAUUGUGUGACGCUUCCACCGUUGGGGCAGCUAGCUUCUCUCAAGGACCUAGAGAUAUAUGGUAUGAAGAUGUUGGAGACAAUUGGCCAAGAGUUCUACUAUGUCCAGGCAGGAGAAGGUUCCAUUUCUUCCUUCCAACCAUUUCCAUCCCUCGAGCUUAUGAAAUUUCACGACAUGCCAAAUUGGAAGGAAUGGCUUUCUUUUGAAGGAAGCAAUUUUGCUUUUCCACGUCUUAAAACUCUCGAGUUACAUAAAUGUCCCGAGCUUAGGCGACAUUUUCCUAGUCACCUUUAUUCCAUAGAAGAAAUUGAAAUAGAAGGUUGCGGUCAUCUAUUGGAAACACUACCUACUAUGCAUUGGCUUCUGUCAAUUAAAGAAAUAAAAAUUAGGGGAGAUUUAGAUUUUGAGGGGUUUAGUGAAAGAAUCCAAUGGCCGUUGCUUGAAAGUGAUUCUCCGUGCUUGCUGCAGAGUGUUGCGAUUGACAGUUGUUUGACGCUAUCGUCUCUGCCAAAGAUGAUUAUGAGCAGCAGCUGUCUUCAAUACUUGCAUCUCUAUCAAAUUCCGUCUCUCAUUUCAUUUCCGACAGAUGGUCUACCUACGUCACUGCAGUCAAUUAGUAUUCACUAUUGCCCGAAUUUAGCAUUCAUGCCUACUGAAACAUGGAGCAAUUACACGUCACUUAUGAGUUUGACAAUAUUGAGUAGCUGCGACGCACUUACAUCCUUUCAACUUGAUGGUUUCCCUGCGCUCCAAAUGCUUCACGUUGGUUAUUGUAGGAGUCUGGAUUCAAUUUCUAUUUCAGAAAAUCCUUCAUGUCAUCCAACAAGACUCCAAUCACUUGAAAUCAGAUCGCACGAUUCAAUUGGAUUGUUUCAAGUCAAGCUUAAGAUGGACAUUCUCACUGCUCUUGAACAUUUGGUUUUGGAAUGUGGAGAGUUGUCCUUUCAUGAAGGAGUUCGUCUACCUCCCAGUCUGCAAUCAAUUGAUAUUCAGUUCUUAAAAACAACUCCGUCUGUAACGGAAUGGAGUCUUGAAAGCCUCGCUGCUCUUUCAAGUUUGAGUAUUGGAGGCUGCGAUGAUAUUGUUAACACCUUGUUAAAGGAGCCGUUGCUACCCAUCUCCGUUGUGUCUCUGACUAUCAGAUAUCUCUAUAAAAUGACAUCCUUUCAAGGAAACGGGCUUCAGCACCUCUCCUCUCUCGAAAAUCUCCACUUUCGUAACUGUCAACAGCUCGAGUCAUUUCCGGAAAACUACCUCCCUUCCUCGCUGAAAUCGCUUCAAUUUUGGUUUUGUCCAAGACUUGAGUCGUUACCAGAAGAAAGCCUCCCCGAUUCUCUCAAGCUGCUGGUCAUUUCGAGAUGCCCUGCAUUAGAAGAAAGGUAUAAUAGGAAGGAACAUUGGUCGAAAAUUGCUCACAUCCCUGUCAUAGAAAUAGAUGGACAUGUGACAAUAUGAAGGUUGUAUGUUUCAUAGCCGAUAAAUAAACAACUAACCAAACAUUCAUAAUCAAUAGCCUUCUUAUAAAAUCUUCUUAUGUAUCUUUUUAUACUACUAACCUUUUGUUUCUUGUCCGCCUUUAAUUUUUCAGCUAGUAUCGAAGCAUGAAGUUCUAACUA